AUGAUUUCUCGAAUGUCGGUUAGGACACACACCCAGUCGGACAAGCUAACGAAGCAGGACUCAGUGAACAUGCUAAAAAAUAUAAUCAAACUUGGGAUCAGUUUAGUCACCUAUUUACGAAAUGUAUUUGAAGAAAGUGCCUAUGAAGAAGUACACAUACAAGAAUUAAAAUUAAAAAGACUUUUACCCAUUAACCGAGAAGCACAUAUGAUAAUUAAUUGGCUUGAAAAAGGAGUAUUCGAAGCUAUAGAAAAAGAAUACUUACGAAUCCUAAUCCUAGAUAUAAAUGACAUAUAUGAUAACUCCAUCGAAUGUUAUAAAUUUAGUUUUUCCUACAAUGCUGUUAGGGCUGGUAAAAUUGGCAUCACUUUGGAGACGUCCCAAAGCAAUACCAAUAAUAAUGUAUGCACAAAGAGCCAAAUGGAAGAAAAAAAGAAAAUUUUUAACCGCAACAGGUUGAAUGAUAUAAAAGAGAGAUUGUUAAAUGGGCAUAAGACAAAAAAGGAAACAGCCUUAUGCUUUAAACAAGACGCAAAACAAAAGACCUAUGAAUUGCUAAGGUCGCUAGUAUUACUCACACAGACGUUAAAUCCUUUACCUGAGCGAACGUACCUCUCCAUGAAACUGCUUUACUAUGAUGAAAUCGUUCCGUACAAUUAUCAGCCCCCUUACUUUAGAAACCCAGACAAUAAGGAUCUACUAAAAUUUGUGAAUUUACCCAAGGAGGACUAUGUCGGAAGGGUUGAUACAGGUCAUCACUACCUUUCCAUUGUUGUCAAUUCUACUACCGCCAGUAAUGAAAAAAAGGCGCAUUCUUACAACUCCACCGAAGUGAAAAAUCAGGACAUGAACAAUGCAAAGCGUCGUCGGUAUGGAAAAAUGACAAAGGGGGGUUAUUACCAAUGUGAUGGACCAGGGGAUUAUACAAGGGGAGCGAAAAAUCAGUACAACCUUGACGCGGGUCUCCAUGGUAAUUCUCACUAUUACCAAAAUCAUGACAUUAAUAAGUACGCUGCUUAUCGAAGAGAAAACCGAUGCAAGCAGUCCAAGCACGAGCAAGAUAGAAAGGCCUUAUUAAAGAAACGACUAGUGAGAAGGAGAAGUAAAGGGAAGGGUAGGAAGCACUGCAUCGUCAUUGAUGAUAACGGUUUUGCAAAGGAGGAAGCAGGAGAUGAGGAUGAAGAAUAUGUAGAGGGGAAUAAUGGCACCAUCCCAGGUGGUGUUCAUAAUCGCACUGGAGACAAUCGUAACCGACUGAAGACUCGCUAUGAGGAAAAGCCAGACGCAGACUUUGAUUGCUCUGAUGAAUAUGAAGAUGAGGAAACGGAGGAAGACGUCUUCAACGAUGAAGAUGAUGGUGACUCCAGUAUUGAUUACGACACGAACGAGGAAUACUCCAGUUUGAGCGAUGGACGGUCGCGUAAACGAAGAAAAAGUAGUUAUAAAAAAAGUGGUAAAAAAAAGAAAAAAAACUUAUCGCCAUCUUCAUUGGAUAGUAGAAUGAAUGAUAAAAUUUCAGCCUCGUUAGUUAGAGUCAUCAAAUGCAGUAACGACCAAGACGAUAGUAGUAACUCGGAUAAUAACGACUGCUACAGCAAGAUAGGCAAAAUACUCUCCCAGACAAACAAGGAUGCAGAUGAACAUGAUUGUGUAAAGGUAGAGAAGCGAGAAAUAGAAGACGGUAAGAAGAAGAAGAAAAAAAAAAAUAAAUACUGCCUUAACAAUAAAAGCGAAUUUGUAAAUUCCUACUUUAGUUGUAACUCCUACCAAAGGAAAAUGGACAACAUGGCUACCCGCUUGUAUGAUAAUUCGUCUUCCAAUAAUGCCCCCAAUAGAAACCAAAAUGGAAAAGCUUCUAACGAACUAAAUAAGUCUUACGGAAUUCAAAAUAAUUCCAAGGCUAAUACCAGCCGUUUGUACUCUUACUACGAAGUGGACAAUGCAAAUGCAUAUCUGAACAAGGGUAGAAACAGGGAGCAAUACGAAAAUAGAAAAAAAUUUAUCAAAAGGCACAAAGAUAAGUCCCUGAUCAAAAUGAAAAGAAAAAAUAAAGACAAAUUAACGUACAAAAAUUUAAAAGACCAAAAAUCAAAGCACAAAAAAUUCAUGCUUAAAUAUAAAAAGAGGAUGCUUCACAAAAUAAGGCUGUACAUCAUUAGAUAUAAAAUUCUGAGCAAGAUAAAAAUCAGGCAGAAAUACCCCAGUGUGUCCAACUACGACAUUGACAAAGUUUUGCAUAAACUGGUUCACGAAAACAUCAUUCGCAGGGACGGAUACAAGUUUUAUAAGUUCGUUCAUGAUAGCAGCGAUGGGAAGGAGGGCUUGGAGAAGAAGCACGAGGGGGACCGAGGCCCAGCACAGGUGGAGAAGGUGGAACAGAUCCAGCAGACGGAACAGAUGCAACAGACGGAACAGAUGCAACAGACGGAACAGAUGCAACAGACAGAGCAGGUGAAUCAGACAGAGCAGGUGAAUCAGACAGAGCAGGUGAAUCAGACAGAGCAGGUGGAGCAGACGGAACAGAUGCAACAGACAGAGCACUCGAAUGAAGCACCCAAAGAGGAAUCCCGCAAAGAAGAUGACGCGGUUGUAGACCCGCUUGUAGACGCGGCUGUAGACCCGGUUGAUCGUCCGUCCGAUGACCCACCUAACGACCGCCCCGCGCAGCAGCAGCCAAAUGCAGAUGCGAAUUUCAUCGACAUGUCCAAAGAGGAUAGCGUGAAAAAUUCAGACACUGGAAACAGUUAUGAAAAUAGCAUGCUGAACAACAGUUCCCAACCCCAACAAAGUCAGGAAACCGUAGAGCAGAUAGACCAAUUGGAUGAAAAGAACAUGAAUCAAAUUAAUGAAGACAUACAAAAACUGUACAAUGAUGUGUACAAUUUGUGUGUUACCACGAAAUAUGUUAAUAAAGAAAUUAUUACAAAGGGACUUAACAUUUAUCCUUUGCUUGCCAAGCCCUUAAUAGAUAGACUUUUACGAGAGGGUGUUUUAAAAAAAAAGAUGGUCAAAAAUAAGGGUUACGAAAGUAACAUCUUUGUCCCCAUUGAAUGUACCUAUGUAGCUAAUAGGAGGGUGAACCAAGUGGGUGCCAAAUCCGAUGCACCUGCGGGGAAUUCCACCCUUGAGAAAAAUCUUGCACAGAAUCUUCCUAAGAAUCUUCCGGACGAGGACAAAAAAUGA